AACUAUAUCCUCUCUUCUUCUCUGACCCCCCCCCCCCCCCCAAAACUUCUCCUCAUCUUUCUACCAUUGCCAUUCUCAUCAUGGCUAUUGAAGCAGAAACUAGCACUGUCAAAUAUGAAGAGGAAUUCGUGUUGAAUUCGCGAGGAAUGAAGCUUUUCACAUGUAGAUGGUUGCCUAAAAACCAUGAACCAAAAGCUUUGAUCUUCCUCUGCCAUGGAUAUGCCAUGGAGUGCAGUGUGUCCAUGAAAGGUGCUGCAAUAAGGCUAGCAAAGGCUGGAUUUGGGGUGUAUGGUAUGGACUAUGAGGGCCAUGGGAAGUCAGAAGGGCUUCAUGGUUACGUCCCCAGCUUUGACGUUGUUGUUACUGAUUGCUCUAAUCACUAUUCCAAAAUUUGCGAGAGGAAGGGAAAUAGAAAAAAGAUGAGGUUCUUGCUGGGUGAAUCAAUGGGAGGAGCUGUGGCUCUAUUAUUACACAGGAAAAAGCCAGACUUUUGGGAUGGUGCUGUCCUUGUAGCACCAAUGUGUAAGAUUGCAGAUGCUAUAAAGCCACAUCCAAUUGUAAUCAGUAUUUUGUCCAAGCUUAGCAAAUGCAUCCCCACCUGGAAAAUCAUUCCAACUCCAGAUAUUACUGAUGUUGCCAAUAGGGACCCUCUGAAAAGAAAGGAGAUUAGAUCGAACCCAUAUUGCUACCAGGGCAGGCCUCGCCUACAAACUGGGUAUCAAUUAUUGAUUGUCAGCAUGGAUUUGGAGCAACGACUCACCGAGGUCAAGUUGCCAUUUCUAAUUGCACAUGGAGAAGCAGAUAAAGUUACCGAUCCAUCAGUGAGCAAACUCCUGUAUGAAAAAGCUUCAAGCACAGACAAGAGCCUAAAGAUAUAUCCAGGAAUGUGGCAUUCUCUGACCUAUGGGGAGCUUCCCGAGAACAUCAACAUCGUGUUUUCAGGCAUCAUCAGUUGGCUAGAUCAUAAAGUUACCACAGGUAAUUCCAGGCUGGAGAGAGAACAAAAAUACACAAAUGACAAUCUACUUGGAGCUAACAGUAAAACUCUGUAGGUUACUGUAAAAAGAAACACAGUGUAACAAAUUAGAAUUCUAAAAUGUUUAAACAUUCUUGGUAACUGUAAUGUGUAUGUUGGCAGUUAAAUAUAACCAAAAAGUUUUUAAACCAAAUUUGGGGA